CGCUAAUAUUAAUUACUCGCGCCCUCAGAUAUCCUGAAAAAUUCAAGCGUCGCCCAAAUGGCAAGACUGAAUCCUUAACUCUCCGGGACCACCACCCCCACCCCCGAAACCUCAAGGAUCUCUGUGAGCAACAGGCAAAGGACGAACCGGCGAAGUUGGAUUUGGCAGAAGCGAGAAGCCAAAGUGACAUUCCACGUCCGCACUUCGAUCGAGUCCUCCCACUUCCUAAACUUCACGUUUUGAGGCCCCGCACACGGACACGGCGCCUUUUUCUUCCGAAAUUCAGCCUCCCGGGUUUGCAGAAGCAGCGCCAUGUCCCUGAGCGUCCGCGACUACAUCAGGAAAGUCCUUCGGGACUUGACGGACGACGAGUUCCGGACGUUCAAGGCGAACCUCCGCGACUACCAGGUCGGGCCGGGCUACGAAAACAUCCCCCGAGGGGACCUGGAGAACGCGGACGCGCUCAAACUCAGCGACCUGCUGGUCAGAUACUACUGCGAGGACUACGCCAUGGAGGUGGCGUCCGCGGUGUUGAUAGCCAGCAACUGCAUGCCCCAGGCGCAGAUGCUUCUCGGCCUCUAGAAAGGUAGCGCGCAGGAGCUGGGGCGGGUUUCGGCAGGGGAAAGAAGACUGGACGGUGUGUGUGUGUGUGUGUGUGUUCUCUAACCUAGCAAGCCCCGGAUGGGUUGUGCCUCAGUUCCCAGCCCAAGCUCCUUGGAGUAGUCCAGGAGGACCAUAGCAAUAGCAAUAGCACUUAGACUUAUAUA